CUGACGUCAUCCCAGGUCCUGGAGCCUCCAGCUUCUCUUCGCUGCUUUUAUGUUGCACUUUCCUUCCUCUGUGUGUGACACAGGAGCGGGCAGGAUCUGUCACAGCGGCGCCGGCGGCAGUAGUGCAGUGAAACAGAGAUGGAACCACCUUGUGGUCGGAGUUUCAUGCAGAUGCUGUGUGAGAAGUACAGCCCAGAAAACUUCCCAUACAGGAGGGGUCCAGGUGCUGGAGUGCAUGUUCCCCCAGGGCCACAAGUGUCACCAAUGAAAGAUCGCCUGAAUCUUCCAAAUAUCCUGGUAUUGACCUGCUGUGGUAUCAGCCAUGCUGGCGACGAGAGCGAGAUCGCUGCGUUUUGUUCCCACGUUUGGGAAUUGGACUUGUCUGGCAACAAGCUUGAAGACUGGCAGGAGGUCAGCAAGAUUGUGUCUAACGUGCCUCAGCUGGAGUUCCUGAACCUCAGCUCUAACCCGCUGCAUGCAUCCGUCCUGGAAAGGCAGUGUGCUGGAACGUUCUCUGGUGUCCGUAAGCUAGUCCUCAAUAACUGUAAAGUGUCCUGGGAGACGGUGCACACAUUGCUGCUGGAAUUACCGUACUUGGAGGAACUAUUCUUGUGCCUUAACGACUAUGACACCAUAGUGAGCUCUUCGGAGUGUUUCCGUUCCCUAAAGCUUCUCCAUAUAACGGACAACAACCUCCAGGACUGGUCAGAUGUCUGUAAAUUGGGCACAAUGUUUCCUUGUCUCCAUACCCUCGUGCUCGCCAAUAACAACAUUCUGGCUAUUGACGAUUCGGGCGGAUCACUACCCCGGCUGUUUCCAAAUCUGCGCUCGAUAAGCCUUCAUAAAUCAGGUAUAAACUCCUGGGAAGACAUUGAGAAACUGAACACUUUGCCCAUGCUGGAAGAAAUCCGAUUACUAGGUAUACCUCUGGUGGAGCCCUACAGCACAGAGGAGCGUAGGAAAUUAGUAAUUGCAAGAUUGCCGUCUGUUUCCAAACUGAAUGGCAGUGUUGUCACAGAAGGUGAAAGAGAAGACUCCGAGAGAUUCUUCGUCCGUUACUAUAUGAAUGUCCCAAAGGAAGAAGUUCCAUUACGUUAUCAAGAGCUGGUAAGGAAGUAUGGCAAGUUGGAACCUCUGGCUGAGGUUGAUCUCCGACCUCAGAAUCAAGCUUGUGUUGACAUUCACUAUGAUGAAAAAGUCCAGAAGAUAAGUGUCCGACUCGAUCAGACCGUGGCCGAAUUCAAGAAGCAGCUUAAGACUGUAGUACAAUUGUCCACAAACAACAUGCGGGUUUAUUACUUGGACCACGAGACCCCUUUUGGCCUUGAGGAGAUGAAAUUCAGCACACGGGCUUUACACUCGUAUAAUGUGCGCGAUGGAGUCAAAUUUUACGUAGAGCCAAAAAUCAAAUGACCUUUAAGUAUUGUAUGCAAUGGUAUAGCGAUAUAUAUGUGACCUAUGUACAGAUUAUUUUUAUUGUUUGUCUUUGUAAAGUUUUAUUUCUUAUCCCCCGUUACGCUUGCACAGCUAUGCACUGUUGUCUCUCAGUUGGAGUCCUGCCUUUCAUUUAGAAUUCAAAGAGUUUUCCUGUUUUGUAAAGAGAGUCUGUCACCUCCAAAAUCUAUUUCAAAGUCAACGCCAGACGGGGUCGGUGCCCCAGAACAUUACCAAACCUUUCUUGUGAAAAUCCAGUCUUCUAGUCCUGAGAAAUGCCUCUUUUUAUUUUAAUGGGUCGGGACACUGUGCUUGGUGCACCAGUGAUAACACCCCGCGCCACCACUUUUUGUUUGAUUGACAACUCCUGAGAUUUCGGAGCUGGUAGCUUUCACCCAGGGGAAGCUAGGAGUACGGAGGUGAAUGGAGAGGUCCCGCCUAUGGGGCACCGAAAAACUUAUCUGCAUUAAAAAAAUCUGCAUUUCUCAAGAUUAGAGGACCGGAUCACCACAAAAAAGUUAUGGUUAUGUUUCAGGUCACCUACCCUAAUGAUUUGGAAGUUCACAGACUCCCUUUAAAGGGGUUAUGCAGGCGUAUUCCUCCUCCUGAUCUAAAAUCGGAGAAGCGCCACUGCACACUGGGCCGAGGCAACCAUCCGAUACCCAGUGAGGGUCCAAUUCUAAUUGUGCACAGGACUUGCUGGGCAUCCCCCAAUUGCUUGGCAACUGUCUCCCCCAGCAUUCCGUUGCAUUUCUCCCUACUUGGUCAGAUUAGGUGGGAGAGUGCACCAUUACAAACCCUUUCAUCAUUAUUGAAUGGAAAGUAUCUCUUUUAUUCCCUAGACACUUUAAAAAUCUCUGCUUGCAGUCAGUGAAUGGAAAAAUUCUCGUUCCCAGCCAAAGCCUAAAACUGGCACUGGAGUAAGGCUCAUUAAGCUAUCAGAGCGUUCUCUUGCAAUGUGUGCACCCCCGUCAUUCGGACAUGACCAGGACAGGUUUUUUAUUCACAAACAACAAGCAAAAAUAUUAAAAACUGUGAGGAACUGAAACACAAAGUUGAAGAAUGUUAUAUUAGCUUUAUGAUUUACCGUGGUUUUACAGACCUCUUUUUUGGAAAAUGCUGCUGCAAAUGUGUUUUUUAGAGCCCUAAAUCAGAAAUGGGUCCAACAUGAAGGAGACUUGUUCUCCCUUUUGUAUUUGCAAUUCCUUUAUAAUCCACUUCUGCUUUUGCUAAAAAAAAACUGCACAAUUGGCAUUUUUUCCAAAAAUUGCUGCGUGAAACAACCCCUAAAGAGGUUGUCCAUUAUUUUACAAGUGAUUGCCUAUCUUCAGGAUAAGUCCUCACUACCUGAUUGGAGGAGGUCCGACACGCUGUACCCCCGCACAAGUUGGCGCCAGAGCUCCACAGCUCCACCCUUUACUGAUUAAAGCGAGUGCUGCAGUGACCACUGCACAACCGUCGGAGCUGUGUAGUUACGGCACUGACUUUUUGCAGAACAGCUAAUCUGUGUAAGGUGUGGGGCCUCCGCCAAUCAGAUAGCGAUGCCUUGUCCUGAGGAUAGGUCAUCACUUGUAAAAGUGUGGACAACCCCUUAAAGUUGUCACCUCUAGAGCACUUAUGAGGUCAUUAAAAGUGACGGUAAGAUCCAGCUGACUGUCUUGAGUGGGUAAACCUUGGCACAGUUCUUUGACCUAAAACCAGGGCUGGAUUCAGAAGAAAACUGCAUGUGUGUUUCCAGCCCAAAGAAAGAUUUUAUGUUGUAAGGUUUUAAGCAAAAAGCUUCAUCCUUUUAGGCCAGAAGUGCGAUGUAUGCAACUGAUCACGCAUGAAUGGGUCACCAGUCACUUCAUUGUUAAACCUCUGCCAGGGUUUGCAGUGCAUUUCAGUAUUUGCAUUCUUUUUUUUUUUUUAUUUGUGCAGAUUGCACCAGUAGAACCAUCGUAGAUUAGUCAGGUUAAAAAACGAGGUCAGAUGGCAAAAUUUUAGAAUCUGUUUGUGGCUACUACACUAUGGUGAGCCACAGUAUGUUCAAUUCAGCAGAUCAACAUGGGGUCAAGGUUCACUUGCGGUCAUAAGACUGACCCUAAAAUGGCCUUAAAGGCUAUUGACACCUUUAGACCAUUUUUUUGUGACUGCAUUUUACUCAUUUUGGGCUAAAAAAAUCAUUUUUUUAACUGGUCUUUUAUAAAAAAUAAAAUAAAAUAAUGUUCAGCGGUUUCUGAGAUAUAGGGUUAAAAAUCAGUCUGUUUGCAAGCUGUAACAGUCUGUUUUGAAUUCCAUGAUCUGACAGCUCAUUUGUAGCUCUAUUAUAGCUCAGUUCUUAACAAACUGAAUAGAAUAUGGCUUAAAUAAGUGUUUAUGUAGUCAGGAGAUCAGAGAUAAGAACUACACAUGAGUCGCCAGAUGACAUGUUUCAAAGAAAACAAACUGACAGGUUGCAAACAGACCGAUUUUUUACCCUUCUAUCAGAAAUAGCAGAACAUUUUUAAUAAAGACCAAUAUUAGUAAAAUGCACAUAAAAAAGCUCUCGAAGGUGUACAUAGCCUUUAAGAGAAUAUAUGUUGGUUGCAGUUUACUUGUUGUUUUUUCUUGUUUUUGCUAUAGACGUCCUUCAUUAAAGUUUUUUCUUUGAGGUGGGGGCUCAUAUGCUGGAACCACAAAAGUGAAAUCCUCAUCCUUGUGGCUUGUGCUCCUUCAGAUUCUCAAUGCACACAUUGAGGGAUAAUAGCUCGGGUUGUUGCAAGACAAUUCUGAUAACUAUACUGUCAAGAGCCCAGUAACUUUGUGUCCAUCACAUGACAGGAACAGAUUUUUUCUACUCACUGUAAACAAUGACUGCUCCUCGUGAGUGACUGCAAGCAGUGAUUUUGAAAGUAUAUUUGUUAAAUGUAAAUAUUUUGUUAAAGAGGACCCUCCUCCUGUCCUGACAUGUCUAAUUGUAUUCUUCUCGAAAUUAGAAUUCUUUUAACUCUUUUCUUUUAACUCUGCCUUGUGCCAUUCCUCAGGUAUUCCUCCUAGAAAUGUAGGAGGAAUAAAUUGAGAAAUAAAUGCUACCAGUUUGGGGGACAGUCUGAUACGGUCAGCCAUCCUAGCCCUAACUGGUAACACCCAGAUGUCAAUAUAGUCAAAAAUUUCCGGGAGGAACGGCACAAUGCAGAAUUUUAAGAAAAGAUGCUUGGGGAAUGCAAGUGUUUCCUAAAAUGGACAUGUCGGGAGAGGAGAUAAAUUAUCCUUAUCCUUUAGUUUGUCUUCAAAUAUGUUAAAAUAAAUAAUAAUUAUAAUAUUCUUUUAUCUAAGAUGGUUAUAUAUGACAUGUAUAAUUUAUUUAUGCAGAUUCCAAGAACUGAUUUUAGCCUCUUGUUUUUCCUCGCAGUCAUUCUUUACGUUGCCUUAUGCCGUAUUCUCUCAUAGAUCUCUCUAGAAAAAGUUCUUUCGUUGACCUUUCCUUCAGUCUGAAAGCUUGAAAGUACAGUAUCCGAGGCGACUCUCGCCCGAAUCCCCGGGAUCCCUCCCCAACCUAUAGUCCCCCUUUCUUCUUUUACCUGCCAGCAGAGAACCUUUAUCAGAUUUUAAUUAAACUCUCGUUGAGUUACCUCCAUAUGAUUUCCUCUGCGGAUUUCUUUCUUCUUCCCCUUUCUUCGACAUUCCCGGUAUAUUUUUUUUACCUUCUUUCUGUGAUGCACAUGAAGCCUCUCUCUCUCUCUCUUUGACAGUGUUUGGAGGAUUUUAUUUCGUUCCUAUUAAGUGAAUAUAACAAGGAACAAUGUAAAUUGUGAAGCUUUCUUCCCAGAGGCAUUGCUCCAACUCAUAUUUCACUCAAAGGGGUCACAUAAAAAAGAACUAUUUAACAGAGAGAGACUUGCAUAGGACAAUAAGUACAAAGAAAUAUAAGAAAUUGACGCAACGCUAAUAUUAGCUAAAGCUCGAUAGAUCCUUUACCUGCUUAUAGAUAUAUCCAAAAUAAGAAAUCGUUUGACCCCCACAUUCUUUAUGGAAUAUUGUCAAUGACAUACUUUGUACAAUGGGGUAACAUCCUGAAAAAUAUGUCAAUGUUUGCUAAACUGAAAUGAAUAAAGGAAUCUGAGCAACCAG